GGCGGCUGCCGGAGCGGACUGCGGGCGCGCCGGGCGGGGCCGCCCCCGGGCCUCUCCCGCCGCCCCGCGGCAUGGUCGCGCCCGCCCUGUGGCGCCCCCGCCCCGCGCCUGCCACCCGCCCGCGCCGCCUGGGCCAGCGGGAAGAUGGAUGGGCACGUCCUGGGUUGGAUCGUCCUCCUGUGGCUCGCAGCCGAGAUGGAAGGGUUGCAGGUGACCGUGCCUGAGAAGAAGAAGGUGGCGAUGUUGUUUCAGCCUGCUCUGCUUCGCUGCCAUUUCUCUACUUCUUCCACCCAACCAGCUGUGGUACAGUGGAGGUUUAAAUCUUACUGCCAGGACCGGAUGGGAGAAGCUUUGGGUAUGGCGACUUCUGGUUUACAAACAAUGAGCAAGAGGAAUCUGGACUGGGAUCCCUACCUGGACUGUGUGGACAGCAGGAGAACAGUCCGUGUCGUGGCCUCCAAACAAGGAUCUGCCGUCACUAUAGGGGACUUCUAUAAAGAAAGAGAUGUCAGCAUUGUUCAUGAUGCAGACCUUCAGAUUGGGAAACUGAUGUGGGGAGACAGUGGGCUCUAUUACUGCCUUAUUAUCACACCGGACGAUGUGGAGGGCAAGAAUGAAGAAUCGGUGGAGCUGCUUGUUCUUGGCAGGACAGGGCUGCUUGCUGAUCUCUUGCCCAGUUUUGCUGUGGAGAUUAUGCCAGAGUGGGUCUUUGUGGGCCUAGUGAUCCUGGGGGCGUUCCUGUUCUUCCUCCUGGUGGGAAUCUGCUGGUGCCAGUGCUGCCCACACAGCUGCUGCUGUUAUGUCCGCUGCCCCUGCUGUCCUGAGUCCUGCUGCUGUCCCCGGGCGUUGUAUGUAGCAGGCAAGGCAGCAAAAGCUGGCUACCCUCCUGCAGUGUCUUCCAUGCCAGGUCCAUACUACAUCCCCAGUGUUCCUGUAGCUGGUGUCCCGUCUCCUGCUGUGCUGAUGGAUAAGUCGCACCCUCCUCCCUUAGCCCCAAGUGAAUCCAGCGGAGGAAGCCAAAAUGCAGUGCGCAAAGGGUACAGGAUCCAGACUGACAAGGAAAGGGACUCCAUGAAGGUGCUGUACUAUGUUGAGAAAGAACUGGCUCAGUUUGACCCAGCUAGGAGGAUGCGAGAACGAUAUAACAACACCAUCUCUGAACUCAGCUCUUUGCAUGAGGAGGACUUGAACUUCCGUCAGCCCUACCGCCAAGUGCGAAGGAAACCUCUGCCUCCUGCGGGGGACCUGGAUGGCGAUGCUGAAUACUGGGCAGGAGUGAUUGGCGGGGGCAGCACGUCAAGGUCCCAAGCUGUCUCCGACUACAGAGAUGAGCAGGACAGUUUCUGGCACAGCCAGCAGAGAUCCAAGUCUGAGAUGUUGUCCCGUAAGAGUUUCUCUGUGGGAGUGCCGGCUGUCUCUAUGGAUGAGCUGGCAGCCUUUGCAGAGUCCUACAGCCAGCGGACCCGGCGGGCAGACAGCCAGGAAACUCGACGUUUUGAGCGGUCAGAGUCGCACGGUGGCCGCGGUGGAGGGCUGCCCCACCAGGAUAGCUCCAUGGAGGAGUACUACACCAAGCGUAGCAGAGGGAACCGAGAGCCACUGACGGACUCGGAUCGGGGCUGGUCGUACAGCCCACCCCGGAGACGGGCCCAUGAGGAGAAGCACCUGCCCAGGCUGGUGAGCCGGACGCCUGGAGGGAGCCAGAAAUAUGAUCACUCCUACCUCAGCAGCGUCUUGGAGAGGAAAUCCCGGAGCUAUGAUGAGAGCGGUGACCACAAUGAAACCCCCUCAAAGCUGAGCUCGCAGCCCAGCCAGAGAGGAGGGGGAACGUAUUAUGCCUGGUCACCACCCUCUACCUACAAAGCUGAGAAGUCGCAGCAGCAGUCGCAGCAGCCACCACCACCGCCUCAGGAGGAGGAAGGGGAGGACACUCUGCCCCCGUACAGCGAGAGGGAGCUAAGCCGAGGCCCUUCGUACAGGGCCAGGGAGCAGGCCUACCUCAACGCCUCCGACAAGAAGAGGAAAAAGGACCCCAAGAAAACAAAUGAUUUCCCAACGAGGAUGUCCCUUGUGGUUUGAAGUUGUUGUGGACAUGUCGUGUUGAUGGGCUGGAUACUGUGAGGUGACUGUGGUGGAGAAGAUGCACAGCAAGAAGACCGGUCUCCGUGAACCUUCACAGCCACCAGCCAUGGACUCUUUGUUUCAAUUGUUUGUUUCAUCGGGGGAGCAGAGGCUUUCAUAAGAGACAGACUCUCAUGAAUGGCACUCGAUCUCAGAGUCUCUGGGAGUCUGCCAGGAAAAUUAGGCCAGGGGCCUCUUUGGUACCCUGCUUUCCAGCGCCUUCCAUUCUGUGCUGGAAGGCAGCCACGUCCCUCUUGUCUCUGCAGCCCUGAACUACAAGCGAGGCUGCCUUUGUGCCUCUUGCCCUGUCUGAUGUGCAGAGAGAGGCCUGUGCAUAUACCUCUUGCUCUCUCUGUCUCCUCAGUUCUCUGGAUUAAAUAUUGUCUCCAUACUUAAAGCCUUUUCUGUAUCAUCCCCAUGCUGGGAGGAGGCCUCGUGCUUACAGCUGCAGACUGCCUCCACCUGAUCGGGCCCUAAAUCGUGAAAGAAAAUUUACAUCCUUUCAGACACUAUAGAAAAGGACUGAUGAGGUGUUACUUUGGCAAGGGCUGAACAGAGAAAGAGAGAGACAAUUAUAGGCUGGUUUGUUCAAUAUAUUUAGUUCUGUUCAUUGUGUGAUGAGAGUUGCAGGUGAGAUUGAUGUAUUGUUUUGAAAGUGGAUCAAAGUAGCUUUUAUUGUGAUGAGAGCAUGAUGUGUUUUUUCCCCCAUCCCCAACUGUGAUUUGUUUUGAUACAGUUGCAUUUUCUUGCAGCUGAGCUGUGACCCUGUAGAGCUUCAAGCUAGAAUAUCUACUCCACCAUAUCAUAAGCAGUGCUGUAGCCUUGCUGGCACUCUGCUUCCAGCACCACCAGACAUCUCUGCCUAGUGAGUGGCCUUUUUGUUUUAAAGAAGCCAAAAGGAGAAAGUCUCAGUGAGGGCAGCUGCAGAUCUUCAUUCUGUGCUACUAAAGGUGUAACUCUUUUCUGGUCAUUGUUCCCAGACAUUGAAGAGAGCAGUAACAGCAAUGGAAAAAGAAUUAACACCGUGGAUGAACACAAGCUUUGAAAGUCACCUUUUUCACUCAAAACCGUUUCAUUCAUUUCAGUUGUGAUAUGGUUUUAGUGGCUGUUGUCUCAGGAACAGCUGAAUUUAGAAGUGAGUGCUUCACACCAUCUGAAAGCUUGACAUUCUGGUUUUUGUAGGGUAUAAUGCAGUCAUUUCUUUAAUUUUUAGCUGCUAAAAUCAUAAAGUGAAGGAAGAUCAUGGGAACAUUUUAAGGUCCGGCAUCUUGAUCCUAUUACACCUAGAAACAACUUAGCGCCCUAUUGUGUUAUGGAUAUUGUCAGCCUCUGAAAUGUCAUCUCUGUUGUUACUCUGGAAGUUUGAGGAGCGGUCUGGCCUCAGGUGCUCACUCUGGCAAUACUGUUUUGAACACGAGAUUUAUUAACAUCACUGCAGUUCUCCAUAAAAAUGACAGAUUCAUUUCUGAAUUACUGCUUUAGCUCACCAGGAAUGGUCAGUGGAGAGGAAGGAUAAUCUCCAUAGAUCUGAUGGCAGUGCAGUUUUCCUGUUAGAAGGUGAAUUGAUGGCUUUCCUCUCCUCCCACGCUCCUCUAGCAAUGAAUGUAGUUUUGGAAAUCCCAGUCCUGGGUCUUCUUGGCCAGAGAAGGACUGGCCUGCAGGGGCAUACAAUCAUGGAGUCACAGAAUGGUUUGGGCAGGAAGGGACCUUUAAAGGUCACCUAGUUCCAGUCCCCUGCCGUGGGCAGGGACAUCUUCCACUAGACCAGGUUGCUCAAAGCCCCAGUCAACCUGACCUUUAACACUUCCAGUGAUGGGACAUCUGCGACUUCUCUGGGCAACCUCUUCCAGUGUCUCACCACCCUCACAGUAAAGAAUUUCUUCCUUACAUCUAAUCUAAAUCUACCCUCUUUUAGUUUAAAACCAUUGCCCCUGGUUAAAAGUCUCUCUCUGUCUUUCUUACAAGCCCGCUUUAAGUACUGGAAGGCUGCAAUAAAGUCUCCCCAGAGCUUUCUCUUCUCCAAUCUGAACAACCCCAACUCUCUUGGCCUGUCUUCAUAGGAGAGAUGCUCCAGCCCUCUGAUCAUCGUCGUGACCCUCCUCUGGACUCACUUCCAACAGGUCCAUGUCUGUCUUGUACUGGGGCCCCCAGAGCUGGAUGCAGUACUCCAGGUGGGGUCUCACGAGAGCAGAGUAGAGGGGCAGGAUCACCUCCCUCGACCUGCUGGUCACGCUUCUUCUGAUGCAGCCCAGGAUACGGUUGGCUUUCUGGGCUGCUAGCGCACAUUGCCGGCUCAUGUUCAGUUUUCAUCUACCACUGUCCCCAAGUCCUCUGCAGGGCCGGUCUCAAUCCGUUCACCCCCUCAGCCUGUACUAAUAUUGGGGAUUGCCCUGACCCAUGUACAGGACCUUGCACUUGGCCUUGUUGAACUUGAUGAGGUUCACAUGGGCCCACUCCUCAAGCCUGUCAGUGUUUUUCUGGAUGGCAUCCUGUCCCUCUAGCAAAUCAACUGCACCACUCAGCUUGGUGUCAUCCACAAACUUGCUGAGGGUGCACUCGGUCCCACUGUCUAUGUCAUUAAUGAAGACAUUGAACAGUACUGGUCCCAGUACAGAACCCUGAGGGACCCCACUUGUUGCUGAUGUCCAUUCGGACAUUGAGCAAUGGACUGCAACUCUCUGGAUGCGGCCAUCCAGCCACUUAUCCAUCAAAUAGUUCAUCCAUCAAACCCGUAUGUCUCCAAUUUAGAGACAAGGAUGUUGUGGGAGGCCAUGUCAAAGGCCUUAUAGAAGUCAAGGUAGAUGACAUCAGUUGCUCUUCCCCUUAUCCACCAAGGCAGUCACUCCAUUGUAGAAGGCCUACAGAUAGUCAGGCACAAUUUGCCCUUUGUGAAGCCAUGCUGACUGUCUCUGAUCAUCCCCCUGCUAUAUGCCUUGACAUAGUUUCCAGGAGUAUCUGUUCCAUGAUACUACUGGGCGCAGAGGUGAGGCUGACUGGUCAGCAGUUCCCAGGGUCCUUCUUUUUACAUUUUUAAAAAUGGGUGUGAUGUUUCCAUUUUUCCUGUUACGGGGGACUUCACCUGCCAGCCAUGAUUUUUCAAAUAGGGAGAGCGGCUUAGCAACUACAUUUGCCACUUACUUGCCAACUACAUCUACUUGUAUUAUAAGUGUUUUCAUCUUUUCUCAUCUUUAACGUAUGUUCCUAGGAAAAUCACAGCAAAGUUAACAAGAAGUAGGCAGGUGGUUGCCAUCUGAGGUCUCCAUGACCUUGAGAAGUCUACAGAGCUGCACUACCUGUUAUUUUAAAUUAAACCUUUCAUCCCUGACAUAUUAUAUUAACAGCAAGAAAUGUGGAUGUUUUGUUAGUCUGAAAACUUUGGGAACCCCUAUGCCACAAAUUUUAAGGGAGUUUAGCAUGCUGUCUUUUUCCAUCAGACAUCCAGCAGACCCGGGAAAUAUUUUACAUAGAGAUUUGAAAGUGCAUCUGCAACAAUGACUGUCAGAAAGGUGGCAAACAGCAAUUUAACAGUCUCUGAAUACCUGUAUCUUUCAAACCGUACUGAAAGCCAGAGCAUCACAAUCUCCUUCUCAUUUCAGUUAUGACUGUCCCUCAUCUCUGUCACUGUAGUUUAUUUGAUCAAGCCCUCAGGAAUGAGUUGUAUAUUAAAAAUACAAGCCUUCCCCUCAUUUAUUUGAAUCAGUUUUGUUUGCUUGAUGCUGGUACUUUAGGACAUUUGUACACUAUCUGUAAGAAGUUGCCAUUUAUGUAUCUAGCUUAUAAAUAAGUAGUUGCAAGCUAAUUCUCUUCACUAUUUUAAUUGUAGAAACAACUGUUCAUAAGAACUGUCCAACAUUUCUUUUGAAUCCAAGUACCUGGAAAAGUAUUGAAGAUUUUAUGACUAGUGAUUCUAUCAGUUUUACCAGGUGAUAAAAGUUUCAGCCUCAAAAUAAAAAAGAGCAGGUCUUAAUUCCCUGAAGUCAGAUCUGGGCAGCACCCAUCAGUUGGCUCUGCCUUUGAUGUAAAAUUUUAGAUUUCCUAUCUCCCUAUACAAAUCUGAAGGAAUUUUCAGUUACUGAUAGUGUCUGUCCUCAGGCCAUCUUUAUUUUUCCCAUUAAAAAUGUAUCUGCAGCAGCACCAAAUGAACCAAAUCAAAAAGUGAGAGGUGAUGUAGAACAGGGCUUCCAUCUCUACAACUACAGAACCCUAAUGACCCGUGACUCUUGCACCAGAGGAGCAGGGGGCCAGAGGCUGAUGGAGGGGCUGAGAGGAGCCUCUUGUUUCAGAAAAGAAGUAACGGUUUGUGUCUGUGCCAUCUCUCAUAAAACACCUGCAGAAUGCUUGCACUGCAGAAUAAUGAGCCUGAUUAUUAUGGGGGUCUCAAAGUAUAAAUUUUCCAGUGAUCAAUUUUUACUGCUGGCAUAAAAUUAAAAUAAUUUUCAUAUAGGAUAUGGAUGUCUGGGCCAUGUCAAGGACACGGAUGGUUUUGUGGCCUUAAAAUGAAGCAUCACAACAGUGACUUGCUAAGAAGAUAACUGAGGUGAUGAGUGAAUCCUGUUAAAAAAAAAAAUAAAAUGAGCCCUUAGAGCAACAGCAGGAUCAAGCAUCAGUGGUAAAUUUGGCUGUGCUGUCAAAAGUGUGAUCUGGGCUACUGAAAAAAGUUUUGACAUAAUGGAAUGUGAAAAUAAAUACCAAUGGUAAU